AUGUCGCAGCCUGCGUCUAGCCGUCGUCGGCCUCCUGCCGACGCUUCUCCUGCGCCCGUCACCACCACCACCACAUCUCUUCCUCCUCUAGAUGCCGAUGCCGACCCCAAUCUGCCUGCACAUUUCUAUUCCCAAUACGCAUCCUCGCCGCCCAGAAGCCCUCGACGACGCCCGCCGCCUCCUCCCACCUCGCGUCGCCCCGACGUCGUCCUGCACGACGUCGCCACGGCCCAGUCGCACGAUUCGCGUCCGCAUCCCACCCAUCACACCCUCUCGCAAGACGCCCACUCCUUCCAUAACCUUCAAGACCUCCACGCGGCAGCACGUCACUCGCCACCAUCUCUGAAGCCUUUGCUUCCCAUACCAUCAGCUCUUGGUCCCGGUCCCAGAUCCCCGCGGCCUACUGCACCCAGUCCACUGUCCACGAGCCAGCAAUACGAUACCCGAACCUCGAGCAAUAUAGGAGCGCCAUUCGACGACACCCCUCCAAGGUCUGCUCCCCAUAACCGGCUUGCUGCAAGGACCACCUUUUAUUCAGAUUCGUCGAACCCCUCUAGCCCGGAGCAAGAAAUUGAAAGCCCGAGGUUUCCCAAUGUGUCAAACGACAACCGCAGCUUCUCCGAGCCACUGACUUCCAAGAAAUCUACCGCGGCCCCGGGACCGUCCAAUCUGGCCAUGAAGGGCCCCGUUGUAGCCGCCCCGACCGGCAGCACGAAGCCGAAGCCCCUGCCUCGGAAUUCGUCCCUGGACACAGCCAUCUCGGCCAUGGCCGCCCACGAGCCGAGCGGAAACUCGCCCUCUAGCUCAUCCUCACAGGCUCCCGACAUUGCUCAUCUCAUCACCACUGCUGGUAGCCCAGAAGCUGUCAUUAAGUACUUGUUAAAGGAGAAGCAGUCCCAGUCACAACAAAACAGCCAGCUAUGGAGACUGGUCGAUAAGCAGCGGGCCAUGAUCCUCGGCCUCAACAAUGAUCUUGAGGCUGCCCUCAAAGAUAAGGAGCGCUAUAGAAAGAAGCUCAAAGAACUCGUCAACAACUCCUCCCUUCUCCGCGCCGCUGCAGGCCGCCCGGCUGCAGGUGGUACUAGGGAAUCUCGCCCUGCUCCUCGGGUCGAUGUGAACAGGCAUCAUGGCAUGAAUCCUGACUCGCCUGUGCUCGAAUCCGAUAGCCAAAAAGAUUCACCGGUUGACCUCACCAUGGCACCCUAUCCUAUUACCCCACCAGCCGACCGCCCGCAACAAGUAAUUGCUACCGGCGUAGCCGAUGUGCUUGAUCCUUCUCGUUCCAUGCCAAAGCCUCAGGAGCACGCCCUCAAUAACUACGACCACGAAGCUGAGGACAGAGCCGAAGAGCACGCUCGUAAGCAGCGCGGCGAAGAACAGCUGCGUGAGAUUCCAUUUAGCGUAUCUCUCCCGCCAUCGCGAACCUUUGCGAGUGAACCGCCCAAGGUACCGCCUCCGCAGCUCCCGCCUGGCUCAGAGUCCCCACCCCGCAAAGCUGAGGCGGCUGCUAAGCCCACGGCCACACCUCGCAAGGGCCCGCCUGCACCUCUCCAGCUGCCCAAGGGCCGUCGGUCAUCACCGCUUCCUGUUGGUGAGGUUUCCGACUCUGAAUCGGACUACGAUGGCAUCUUGGGCGUGGAACAAGCUGGCUCUGCUGAACGUGGUCGAAGUCGCACGAGAGGGGAUGGUGGUGACUUGAUUGCCAACCACCUUGGGAAUCAAAGCACACUAGAAUCUCAGCGCUCAUCACCCGUUGUCGCCGUUGAUGAACCCAGUUCAGUGGAGGCCACCGUAAAAGGAAAUGGACCUGAAGCUGCCACAGCUUCCCUCGCAGCUGUCUUGAACGGCGACCGUCAUGUACUGGUCCCGCCUAUGAUGAGCCCUGGUCUCCCACUGAGUCCUCGACCUACCAAGACUCCUGGUCAAUCUCCGCCGCUGUCACCACGAACCAAAAUGCCGCUGUCACCAAGACCGCCGCGCCAGCCUAUCCCGCUGCCUCCAAACACUCCCCUAGCUGCUUCAUCCAGCGCUUCUUCCGUUGGACAUGCUAGGCCUAUCGUCCCCAGCAUUCGCACAGUCGAUCUCGACGAGCCAUCACCCAGAGACGAGGAGUCAAGCCCAACUGAAAAUAACCAAGUUUUCAAGGGACUAGCCGCGGACGAAUAUCCCGACUUACUGUUACCGCCAAACGCGCUCCCGUCCAUCGAUGUCAAGGUUGCAUCGUCCCGCAUGAAGCCAUCCCGUGCCAGCUUGCUCUCUCUCUCCCAGUUGGAAGAAGAUCCCGUCUUCACGCUCGCCGUCAUCUCUAGAGCCGAUCGCGGUGAGCUGUGGCGAGUGGAAAAGGACACAACCUCUCUGUCCAAGCUGGAUCAACGCAUGAAGCAGUGUCAGCUCUUUACAGCAAAGACGCCCGAGAGGUCGCUGUUUAGUGGACAUUCGCCCGCCAAGCUGGAUGCCCGCCGGCAGGUUUUGGAGACUUACAUGGACGAACUGCUCAACACGCAGCUCGAUGAGGCUACGGCUCUCGAGCUGUGUAGAUAUCUCUCCACCAACACUCUCCCCCCUAAUGCGGACGAAAUUGGCGCUGUUGCCAAGUUGACGCCGGAUCACAGCGCGCAUCACAUUGGGCCUGAUGGACGAGCCGUGCGAACCGGUUACCUCACGAAGAAGGGCAAGAACUUUGGAGGCUGGAAGGUCAGAUUUUUUGUUGUCAAUGGUCCGAAUCUGAAGUACUACGAGACUCCUGGCGGUCCCCAUCUUGGAACGAUCAAACUGCAAGGCGCGCAGAUUGGAAAACAGUCGCAUAGUAGCGACAACCAGUCGCCUGCUCCGAGCAGCACCGGAGAAGAAUUCGAUAAUCAGUAUAGACAUGCCUUUUUGAUUCUCGAACCGAAAAGGAAGGACUCAUCGAGCCAUGUCAAGCAUGUGCUUUGCGCAGAAGAUGACAAGGAGCGGGAUGAUUGGGUCGAUGCCCUGCUCCAGUGGAUUGAUUUCCGGGAGACCGACGACACUGACGGCCGCCCGCCCAAGUCGGACGCUUCUGAACGACAGCAUCAAGAACUGACUGGGGCUGCAAAGAUGAGGAAGUCUCAGCAGGCACGAGCUAUUUCCCAUGCAGCCAGCGAUUCUGGCUCGCUCAUCGGUGUUCGAUAUGAUUCAACCAAUGCAGGGGAUGCGCCGCAGCAUGGGAAUAUUGGUCGCCCCAAGCCUGCUCCUGUUCUUUCUGAGCAGCCUAGUAUGCAAAGCUUCGGAGCUGAUGCACCCCCCACCAUCUCUACCCCCAAGCUCAUCUCUGCUCCCAAGGACUUGCAGUUGAUCUCGGAUGUCUCCACGUGGGGCAACAAGCUUGGACCUCCCCAACCCUCGGUUGAGGAUAAGAAGCAGAGAAAGCGCAGCUUUUUCGGAUUUGGACCGAAGACGAGAUCAUCGUCAGAUGGCCAGGACUCAUUGUUUGGCAGUGAUAGUGGGACUAUGCCACACGGCCUGGCAUUCCACGGUGGACAGGUCUUUGGAUCGUCGCUGGCUGAAGCGGUCCAAUAUCACCCUCCGAAAGAUGUUGAUCUGCCGUUGCCGUCAGUCAUCUAUCGUUGCAUCCAAUAUCUGGAGGCCAGGAAUGGUCUCAACGAAGAGGGAAUCUUCCGCCUCAGUGGGUCAAAUACCGUGAUCAAGCAGCUCCGUGAACGAUUCAACAACGAGUCGGACAUUAACCUCAUUACCGACGAGACUUACUACGAUAUUCAUGCUGUGGCGUCGCUGCUGAAGCUGUACUUGCGUGAGCUGCCUUCGAGUAUCCUCACACGCGAUCUCAACGUCGACUUUUUCAACACGACGGAGAUGUCCAACCGGGAUGAGAAAAUUGCUAUGAUGGCCCACCUCAUUCAGCGACUACCGGAAGCGAACCUGACUCUCCUCAAAUACCUCAUCUCGUUCCUCAUUCGAAUAAUCAACAACUGUGACGUGAAUAAGAUGAACGCACGCAAUAUUGGCAUUGUCUUUUCGCCUACGCUCAAUAUUCCUGCGCCAGUUUUCGCAACGUUUUUGCAUAAUUUUGAGGGGAUCUUUGGCAUCGAUCCUGAAGAGUAUGAGCUUCCGACGGCAGCGGGGCCUAUCAAACGUAGCUAUACGGAAGGUUCAUCGCGUUCCGACGGUCCAUCGCGGCAAGAAGUAGCCCCUCGACCCUCGACAUCUUCGGGAAGCGCCUCCUCACCCCAUAGGCCAGCACGAGUGGAAGCUGUACGCGGGCCGUCGAGAUCGACCCCCACGCCGCCACUUGCACAGAGCCGAGCUUCAGCCCGACAAUCACCAACGCCAUCUACAGCGUCCGGACGUCCGGCCUAUGAGCCGUCUCACCUUGUUCAGCAAAAUACAGGGGUCGUUGCCAACGUGGCGCCAUUGAGACCUGGAUACGAGCCCAACCGUGGCUUGGAGCAAGCAGGUGUUGCUACAGGCCCUCGACCUACCCCUGCCUACGAGAGAGCCGCAUAUCAGCUUCCCAACGGACCUGGUAGCAGUAUGAGUCUGACCUCGGGCGAGCGAGGAAACAAACGACGCGAGAGUUCCAUCUACUUUUUCGUCACAUGGCCACCCUCAUACCCGACCUGGGACGGACCGCGAUACCACUCUGUUCUGCGACUUUGUACUGGAUUUGGAUUUCGCGAAAGGAAAGAAAUGCUAUUUAUGCGCACAAACUGGGAGGCUACAUUGAAUUUCUUCUGGGUCUAG